AUGUCAGUAGAUGAUACAUUGCCAUCCUAUUUGAAUCGCUUACAAUCAAUUAAUUCAGAUAUCAGGAACUACUUUGACUCAUUAAGUGUUGAUAAUAUAAUAAAUGACCCAAAUUUGAAGGUUUCAACUGUGCCAUUGGCAAAUGUUGAUGAGCUAGCAUCUUUGAGCUUGAAUCAAUUAUAUCGGAAAGUGCCCGAAAUAGAGCAAAGCAUUAGCGUUUUGGACCAGCUUUGGUAUAUCAGGGGAUACGUGAAGGAAACUGAGAGUCUUUUGGAAAUAAAUGAAGACUUAGAUCUCAGUGACCUUGAAUCAAUAGUGGCCAAUAGUGAAAAGUUACGUUCUUCAAUUGAAUCUCUUUCAGAUUCAAGCGUAAUAAAGACAGAACUACAAGAGAAGCAGCAUCGGUUAGCAGUUAGAUUUUCAGAAGUGCUAAAUGGUCUAUAUAAUAGAUUUGUUCCGGAUAACUCUACAUUUAUAACCAAGUUGGAUAAUGAUUUGAGCUACUUUGAGCUUCUUAACGUGGCGAACAAUUUCGAAUUUCAGUUCAAUAUGAGCACAUUAAAGGUUGAGUUUCAGGAGAGCCGUGUCAAUUGGGAUAAGUUAUUGAGUGGCCUAUUGAAUAAGUCUUUCAAUUUAACUUUAAAGAGUGACAAUGAUCGGAAUACCUUGAAUAAGAUAGAGUAUACCACGUCCAUCGAAUCAUAUUUCCAAUCCAUCAUUAGCUUUAUCGAAUUUAUCAAUCUACUUCGUGAUCAAACUAUUAAAAACUUCUUUAGGUCUAAGAUUGCCAGUAACUUAAUCAACACGAUUUCAGAAAACAUAAACCAGUUUAUUGGAACAAGGAAAGCUGUCACUGAAUUCGAAAGAUUAAUAGAAUUAAGUAAAACUACAGGGUGGAACUUGUUGCCAACAUUCAACUCAUCUGCUAGAGUCAAGGGAGAGUUGAAUAAGUUAUACUUGAAUUGGAUUGUUGACAAAUAUAUUGAUAAAACCCGCCAGGUUUAUAACGAGAAUGUGAAUGAAUUAAUAGCAGACUUGGUGGAUGAGCCGGUUACGGAGAAAUACAAUCAACAAGCGAAGAACGACAAUGAUGACGAGAAUGGCGCUGAAGAUGAUUGGAAUAAAGGUUGGGAUGACGACAGCAAUGGCAGUGACGCUGCUGUGGAUGAAGAAGAUGGCUGGAAUAACGAUGACUGGGAUAAUGAUGACUGGGAUAAGGAAAGUGUAUUUUCUAAAGAAUCAAAGAAGAAGAAAAGCAAGGAAGGUCAUAGUAUUCUCGAAACGAAUAGCCUUGUGAAAAUAUCAAAAGUACCCGAAAGGUUAAUAGAAAUAUUCACUGAUUAUCGUUCUAGUACUAGUAAUCAUGACGAGACUGAUCUAAUUACAACAAUAAAGGCAUUAUCGUUAGUCUCGUAUCCUCCAUUGACUCAAUCAUUUGUUCUUUUGAAUGACUUCAUUUACUUAUCAAAUGUUUUACAUGUACAAGAAUUUAGUUCCUUUGCAACUUCGUCCUGGGACAAGACUUCUAUGAUGCUUAAAAAUGAGCUCAAAUCCAUUAUUCUUUCAAUAGAUUUGAACCACGAAGAAUUCACUGAUGAGCUAGAUGAUUAUGAACUAAGUGACGACAUCUUGAACAAGCUUGCUAAGAUAUAUCAAAUAUUUAGUAAUUUGCUAGAAUCUGAUUUGAACUUCACAAAUCAUGAAAUGUUUAAACAGUUUCUUAUAUCAAGCAUUGAACUUUUGAAUAACUCCCUACUCAAUUCAAUCAUUCAGAUGAAUGAAAUCACAGAACUCCAGUCCAUCAAGUUUACAAAGACAAUAGAACAAUUAAACAACAUCACUAUUCCAUAUCUUCAGAGCCUUAAUGUCGCAAAGGAUUCUGUUGCGUCCUACAAUAAGCUUGAAAACUUGUUGUUUUUAAUCAACCAUCAUUUAAGCGACAUCAUGGAUAGAUUCUACCAAGGUGAAUUUUUUGAUUUCGAUACUUAUGAGUUGAUUUCAGUAAUCGAAAGCGUUUUCAUUAAAAGUGAACUCAGGAAUAGUUACGUUCGAGAAAUAGAGGAGACUCGUGAGACGAUCUAA